AUGGAGUGCAAGUUCAGUGAUGCACCGCAUGAGGCAGAUGGGGAAGUGAGGAUGGAUACACAGGUCAUCUCUAAGAGAGAAAGCUUUAAGUAUCUUGGGUCAAUCCAAGAAAAUGGGGAGAUAGAUGAUGAUGUCACACAUCAGUGUUGGCCAGUCAAGCUUUCACGCUUUCAGAAGAUGAAUGUAGUGAAGAUGAGGAUGCUUAGAUGGAUGUUUGGGCACACUAGAAGAGAUAAGAUUAGGAAUGAAGAUAUACACGACGAAGUGGGAGUACCUCAGUGGUGGACAAGAUGGGAAAGCGAGACUGAGAUGGUUCAGGCAUGUAAAGAGGAGGAGCACGGAUGCCGUAGUGAGGACGUGUGA